AAUGCUGCCAGCUGAACUGGACAGGGCAGUCAAUAAACCCAGCCAGCUCUGGAGACAGGUAGGGGUUCCUGUUGGUUCCACAGAGGCUGAAGCAGCCCCGCCGCCGCCCUCGCCACCGCAGCAGCCGCCGCCGCCGCGGCCCCUGCGUUACUGGGGGAGACGGUGCCGCUGCGACAGGGGAGGACGCGGCUGGAGCUCAAGGAGGCUCCAGCGCGCAGGCGCCGCCGAGCCCUGCCUGGAUGCUCAGUCAAGGCACUAAGGCAAAAAAAAAAAAAAAAAAAAAAAAAAAGAAAAAAGAAAAAGAAAAAAAAAAGAAAAAGAAAAAAAGAAAAAAAUCAGCAAUUUAUGGAAAGAAGCUAUAGUCUGUCGGGAUAUCCAACACCAACAGUAGGGCUUACUGAGAGCUCCAUUUCUGGAAAGCCUUUCAAGACUGAGGAAUAUCAGACUGCGAAUCACCGGGAACGGUUCCUUUGCAGCACAGAAGCAAUCUCUCUCCCCAUCUUCGCAUAUUCUGAUGGCAAAACAAGUGGAAGAAAAGAGGAAGCAUGACUGCAGAUCAGAUCAGUCCUCUUUGUGGAUUAUAUUUUCAGUAAAAUGUAUGGAUCUAUCUUUUCCUUGUUCUUAUAUCUAGAUCAUGAGACUUGACUGAGGCUGUAUCCUUAUCCUCCAUCCAUCUAUGGCGAACUAUAGCCAUGCAGCUGACAACAUUUUGCAAAAUCUCUCGCCUCUAACAGCCUUUCUGAAACUGACUUCCUUGGGUUUCAUAAUAGGAGUCAGCGUGGUGGGCAACCUCCUGAUCUCCAUUUUGCUAGUGAAAGAUAAGACCUUGCAUAGAGCACCUUACUACUUCCUGUUGGAUCUUUGCUGUUCAGAUAUCCUCAGAUCUGCAAUUUGUUUCCCAUUUGUGUUCAACUCUGUCAAAAAUGGCUCUACCUGGACUUAUGGGACUCUGACUUGCAAAGUGAUUGCCUUUCUGGGGGUUUUGUCCUGUUUCCACACUGCUUUCAUGCUCUUCUGCAUCAGUGUCACCAGAUACUUAGCUAUCGCCCAUCACCGCUUCUAUACAAAGAGGCUGACCUUUUGGACGUGUCUGGCUGUGAUCUGUAUGGUGUGGACUCUGUCUGUGGCCAUGGCAUUUCCCCCGGUUUUAGACGUGGGCACUUACUCAUUCAUUAGGGAGGAAGAUCAGUGCACCUUCCAACACCGCUCCUUCAGGGCUAAUGAUUCCUUAGGAUUUAUGCUGCUUCUUGCUCUCAUCCUCCUAGCCACACAGCUUGUCUACCUCAAGCUGAUAUUUUUCGUCCACGAUCGAAGGAAAAUGAAGCCAGUCCAGUUUGUAGCAGCAGUCAGCCAGAACUGGACUUUUCAUGGUCCUGGAGCCAGUGGCCAGGCAGCUGCCAAUUGGCUAGCAGGAUUUGGAAGGGGUCCCACACCACCCACCUUGCUGGGCAUCAGGCAAAAUGCAAACACCACAGGCAGAAGAAGGCUAUUGGUCUUAGACGAGUUCAAAAUGGAGAAAAGAAUCAGCAGAAUGUUCUAUAUAAUGACUUUUCUGUUUCUAACCUUGUGGGGCCCCUACCUGGUGGCCUGUUAUUGGAGAGUUUUUGCAAGAGGGCCUGUAGUACCAGGGGGAUUUCUAACAGCUGCUGUCUGGAUGAGUUUUGCCCAAGCAGGAAUCAAUCCUUUUGUCUGCAUUUUCUCAAACAGGGAGCUGAGGCGCUGUUUCAGCACAACCCUUCUUUACUGCAGAAAAUCCAGGUUACCAAGGGAACCUUACUGUGUUAUAUGAGGGAGCAUCUGUAAAUCUUUAGCCUUGUGAAAACUAACCUUCUCUGCUGAGCAAUUGUGGCCCAUAGCCAUAUUUUGAGAAGAAAUUCAAGAAUGGAAUCAGCAGUUUUAAGGAUUUGGGCAACAUUCUGCAGUCUUUGCAAUAGUUCACCUAUAAUCCUAUUUUAAAUCUCAGAGUGAUCCUGCUGACUGCCAGCAAAGGUUUGUAAUUAAGAAGGGACUGAACCACUGCCCUAAGUUUCUUUAUGUGGUCAAAAACUAGAUAAUGAAAGUAGCAGGUGCUAAGUAUCAGUGCUAAAUGCUCUGUAUGUCACUACAUAUGAAAAAACAUCAAAAAUAAUUAGCAUUGGACAUCUUAAUAAAUUAAGUUGACAGGAGGUAUAUGUGUUGAUAAAAACUAAUUUUAGAAGUUUGAAGACUUUAAAACAUUUCAUACUACUAUUGUUUUGCAAAGACUAAAAUAUUUGGGGACUUAAAGUACUGUAAUCCACUAAAGACGUGCCAAUGAAUUAUUGGAAUAUCACACUUUAAAAACCGCCUUGUAAGUUCUGGGGAGCAUUCCAAAGCAGUAUAUUGGUUCCAAUUAGAGUUUACUUUUUUUGUAUUAAUACAUCGCUAUUUCUAAAUACCACUUUCCUCAUCUACUAGUAAGAUUGCUAGCAUUGAACUGUAUUAUGUGGUUUUUGUUGAUUUGGUAUAAAGUUUUUCCAAUUCAUUUAUAUUUUACAAAUGCUAGAUAUUGGUCUGGGAGGCAACAUUAAUGGUACCAGCCUGUCACAACUGAGCAGUUCUAAUAAUGCAGAAUAAACACAUGUUGCCUUAAAGGGUUA